ACCCAAUACCCUCUCUCUCUCUCUAACCUUCCUGGUUUCUGCAUCACUGUUCCUUGUUUCCCUUGGAAAACCAAGCCCUAAGGAAGCUUCCUCUCCCUCUCAACUACUAUCUCUUGCGACGUCCCAACACACACUCGUUUCCGGCUCCCGCCAUCUCUUUUUUAUCUUGGUAGAUCUUUGACACCCACCUCCCUAUUUCUCUCUCUCUGGUAGCCGGGGGUUUUCCAUCUCAGUGGCUGGAUGAAGAGCGAGUAUUUGUGCCGUUUUGGGCGCACCCAUCUUCAUAUCUUCCUCUUUCUAGUAUUGGGCUUCUGUGUUUCUGCUGAGAGGCAUCAUCACGGCCAACAACCGGAGCGAAUCUCAGGGAAAGCUGGUGAUGUUUUGGAGGACGAUCCAGUUGGGAGGUUAAAGGUUUUUGUUUAUGAGCUGCCGAGCAAAUAUAACAGGAAGAUUCUGCAGAAAGAUCCUAGGUGUUUAACACAUAUGUUUGCUGCAGAGAUAUUUAUGCAUAGGUUCUUACUAUCAAGUCCAGUUCGCACACUCAAUCCAGAAGAAGCAGACUGGUUUUACACACCUGUAUACACCACCUGUGAUCUGACGCCUAAUGGCCUUCCCCUACCUUUCAAAUCACCAAGGAUGAUGAGGAGUGCAAUUCAGCUUAUCUCUUCAAACUGGCCAUAUUGGAACCGUACUGAAGGAGCAGACCAUUUCUUUGUUGUUCCACAUGACUUUGGAGCUUGCUUUCAUUACCAGGAAGAGAAGGCUAUUGAACGGGGAAUUCUUCCAUUGCUUCAAAGAGCUACUUUAGUUCAAACAUUUGGUCAGCGGAAUCAUGUCUGUUUAAAUGAGGCUACCUCUAUCAUUAUUCCCCCAUAUGCUCCUCCACAGAAAAUGCAAGCUCACUUGAUUCCACCAGACACCCCUCGAUCCAUCUUUGUCUACUUCCGUGGUUUGUUUUAUGAUGUGGGUAAUGAUCCAGAAGGUGGCUAUUAUGCAAGAGGAGCACGUGCAUCGGUGUGGGAAAACUUCAAGGAUAACCCACUUUUUGACAUCUCCACAGAGCAUCCUACAACUUACUAUGAAGACAUGCAACGUGCAAUUUUCUGUUUGUGUCCUCUGGGAUGGGCUCCAUGGAGUCCGAGAUUGGUUGAAGGAGUCAUAUUUGGAUGCAUACCGGUGAUUAUAGCAGAUGAUAUCGUAUUGCCCUUUGCAGAUGCUAUUCCAUGGGAAGAAAUUGGUGUUUUCGUCAACGAAGAGGAUGUUCCCAGGUUAGAUACCAUCCUUACUAAUAUCCCGGCAGAUGUUAUCUUGAGAAAGCAGAGGCUGCUUGCAAACCCUGCAAUGAAACAAGCCAUGCUUUUCCCUCAGCCUGCUCAACCAGGCGAUGCUUUCCAUCAAAUAUUGAAUGGCUUGGCACGUAAGCUCCCACAUGAUAAGAGCAUCUACUUGAAGCCAGGGCAGAAGGUCUUGAACUGGACUGCUGGACCUUUUGGUGAUUUGAAACCUUGGUAGUGAUUACUGAAUGUCAUUUUUGUAGAACAGGCAUGGAUGUCCUUGGUGAAAUUUUCCAAAGUGAAACCUGUACAACCUCGUGGGGCUUUGAAUGUGCUGCAUUAUUUGCAGUGAAGACCCUAAUUGUCAUCAGAAUGUAAAGUCUCGUCAAAUUCUGGGGAGAAUUUUAUUGUAGUUCUAUUGUAUUGAUUGUAUUCUGAGAAAAACUUCCACCCAAGUCUCAUUUUCAGGUUGUCUGAGCCUCUGAGGUGCUUGAGUUGAAGAAUGCUUGUUUCCUUUACAUCUUUCAGGUUUUUGUAUGAGGGCAUUGAUCUUGUACCUGUCAAUGGGGACCUUCUGUGGCAAAUAUCAGAUGCCGUUUAACU